CGGUGUACUGUCCGUCGUUUCCUUUUGCAGCAGAGGAGAGGAGGUGGUGUCGAGAGACUGGAACCAUUUAACAUCAUAAUCCCAACCAAACGCCACUGUACAAUGAAAUUAACUUCAUUCACGCCCGCCUCUGAACUCCGCUAUUUUACCAUACUACUGAUAACCGGGCUGUACACGCCAGGGCGAGGGGAGAUCACCAGUCUGGAUGCAGGGAACAUUGACGACAUCCUUAACAAUGCUGGAGUGGCUUUAGUCAACUUUUAUGCAGACUGGUGUCGGUUCAGUCAAAUGCUGCACCCUAUCUUCGAAGAAGCCUCUAAUGUGGUGAGAGAAGAAUAUCCAGAACAUUCACAGGUGGUGUUUGCCCGUGUGGACUGUGACCAACAUACCGAUAUAGCGCAACGCUACAGGAUCAGCAAGUACCCAACCCUGAAGCUCUUCAGAAAUGGGAUGAUGAUGAAGAGGGAGUAUCGAGGUCAAAGGUCAGUGUCGGCCAUCGCCGACUUCAUCCGGCAACAGAAAGUGGACCCGAUCACGGAAAUCCACAACCUGGAGGAAAUCAACAAAGUAGAUAGGACUAAGCGAACCAUCGUCGGCUACUUUGAGCAGAAGGACUCUGUGAACUACCACACGUAUGAAAGGGUGGCCAAUAUCUUGAGAGAUGACUGCGUUUUCCUGGCAGCGUUUGAUGAGGUGUCUAAGCCUGAGCGGUUCAGUGGCGAUAACGUUAUCUAUAAGCCAAUAGGAGAGACUGUUCCUGACAUGGUGUUUCUCGGCUCACUCACAAACUUUGACCUGACGUACGCGUGGGUGCAGGACAAGUGUGUGCCGCUGGUCCGAGAGAUCACUUUCGAGAACGGAGAGGAGCUGACAGAAGAAGGAAUUCCAUUCCUGAUCCUCUUCCAUCAGAAGGAGGACACAGAAAGUCUAGAGAAGUUCCAGCAGGAGGUGGCACGCCAGCUUAUCACUGAGAAGGGCUCUAUAAAUUUCUUGCAUGCUGACUGCGAUAAGUUUCGGCACCCUCUGCUACACAUACAGAAGACUCCUGCCGACUGCCCCGUCAUUGCUAUAGACAGUUUCCGCCACAUGUACGUCUUCCCAGAAUUCAACGACCUCUCAGUUCCAGGAAAACUGAGGCAGUUUGUGUUAGACCUCCACUCAGGAAAGCUGCAUCGAGAGUUCCACCAUGGGCCCGACCCCACAGACAGCACUCCAGGACAGCAGGAGGAGAACAAAGAGGUGGCCAGCAAUCCUCCAGAGAGCUCAUUCCAGAAGUUAGCACCCAGCGAGAACCGUUACACCAUCCUCAGGGAUCGGGACGAACUGUGACCUCGUCUCACAUCCUCACCUAGCGCAGAACACCCGGCAGGCAGCCACCUGCGUCACAUCUAUUUUCAUAACUUUUAUUUUUGGCUAAAAAACAAAGAAGAAUAUCUGAAGUUUUUUGGUGGAGUGGAGAGCAGAAGAAUUGAAAGAGAAUGAGAGAGAGAGAGGUUGAUUUUACUUUUAUUUUUUUGGAGCUUGUAAAUAUGUAUGUCCUCUGUAGGUGAGUCGUCUAAAUUAAAUAAGUGUUUUUGGGGGUUUUUUUUGUUUGUUUGUUUGUUUUUGUUUUCCAGCCCCUAGGUUUUUUUUUGUUUUGUUUUUUUUGUAAGAAGAAAAAUAAGAAGAUAAACGUUUAUGGUCCUCCCUGACAGGAUCCACACACUCGAGGCCUGGGGAAUCAUGGAAAAUGUGGUCAGCCCUGUGGUGUCCCUCGUUUCAGUCUAUAGUAGUGUGUGAAUGUGUAAGAGUGAGAGACUGUGUGUGUGUGUGUGUGUGUGUGUGAGAGAGAGAGAGAGAGAGAGAGAGAGAGAGAGAGAGCGAGCGCACAUUGGUACAUUAUUAGUCUGUAUUCUUACAUACUGUGGGAGUUCCAGACUUGUCAAAAGUCCUUGCUUGUUAAAAUCUGGACUCAUAUCAGCCCAUUCCAUGAGAAGGUGGGGCUUAAUAAGGGGUGGGACUUGAAAGGGGUGUUUGUAAAUCAUCUCAGAAUGGGGAAUAUCAAAGUGGGGAAUGGAAACAACACAAAAAAUACAAAAAGUAAAUUAAAGGGAAAAGAUUUUACAGGA